UAAAUUAUGGGAUUAAGUGAAGUUACACUCUGUUCAUUUAAUUGUCGUAGCAUUAAACGAUCCAUUGACGAUAUUAGAAGAUUGUGCAAUACGGCGGAUAUAAUAGCCAUUCAAGAGCACUGGCUUAUACCAAGUGACCUUGCAUAUUUAAACACCAUAAGUGACGAGUUUGCCUGCACCGGGACCUCAGCGGUGGACACGACAGCGGGAAUGUUGCGCGGCAGGCCGUACGGUGGCACUGCACUUCUGUGGCGUAAGAAGAUGUUUCCGUCUACGUCGGUUAUUCAGUGCGAUAACGUUAGGAUUAGCGCGAUCAAUAUAGCGUUGGGUGAUAAACACAUAAUAGUGUUUAGCGUGUACAUGCCGAAUAAUGGUAUCGAUAACUUGCCGGACUUCGUACAAUGUGUCAGUACAAUGGACGCUAUAGUGAAGGAAAGUUGCGUGGAAACAGUUUACUUAUUAGGAGACUUCAAUGCGCACCCAUACGAACUAUUUUGCGACGAGCUGCUUAGUUUUUGUGCGGAACGGGACUGGAUUUGUGCUGAUAUCGUUAAACUGGGCAUAGACUCGAGCGCGCACACGUACCUAAGUGAAAUGCACGGAUCUAAGCGGUGGUUGGAUCAUUGCGUAACCACGUCAGCUGGGAUGGACGGUAUUGUUGAUGUUUUUAUUAAUUACGAUGUCUAUUGUUCUGAUCAUUACCCUCUUGUAAUUAAAUGUAAUUUGAAUUUAGUUAAGCCUAAGAUGUAUAAAAGUAAUAACUGUGCAAUAUUUAAUGGGAAAUGUGUAACUUGGGGGGAAAGAACCUCUGAUGAAAUUGAAAAAUAUGACAAUAAAUGCAGUGAACUUUUAAAAAUGAUUGAUUUUCCUUCCGAUUUAAGGGACUGCUGUGGCAGCUGCUGUUUAAAUAACUCUGACCACUGUAAGAUAAUUGAUCAAAUUUAUUUAAAAUUAAUAUCAUCAUUAUGUAUAGCUUCUGUGCACAGCAAAGCUGCCACGGGAGGUUCCGGAUGCCGAAAAAAGAUUGUCAUAGGGUGGAACAAACAUGUAAGCGAUGCGCACAGGGAGGCCAGGGCUAGAUUCCAGGACUGGGUGUCGUGUGGUAAGCCUAAUGGUGGGUCCGUUUUUGAUGCUAUGACUCUUAGUCGUAAAAUGUUUAAAUCUAAACUUAGAUGGGUCCAACAACAUCAAGAGCAAAUAAAAAUGGACCUACUUGCCGCACAUCACACGAAAAAUGAUUUUCGAAAUUUUUGGAAAAUGACGAAAAAGUUGGACACUAGGCCUGGACUUUCUGUAAGCGUGGAAGGAAUUUCAGAUCCCAAGGGGAUUGCAAAUGUAUUUAAGGACCAUUUCAACGUUAAACCUGCUGUCUCGCCCGUUGACGGGCGGCGGCAGUUGCUCGAUAUUGGGGUAUCGGAGGGGAGUGACUUUCAGAUCCAUUUCAGUGCAGAUGACGUAAGAAAAAUAAUAAAGGAUAUGAAGAGAGGAAAGUCGCCCGGUCACGAUCAUUUAAGUAUCGAGCAUCUGCUGUUUGCUGGUCCUCACCUGCCCCGCGUAUUGGCAAUGUUUUUUGACCUUUGUAUAUGUCACUCGUACCUACCAUCUGAUUUGACCAAAACCAUUGUUGUGCCCAUUGUCAAAAAUAAAACGGGUGACAUAUCCAACAGAGCUAACUACAGGCCUAUAUCUCUAGCAACAAUUGUGGCUAGGGUGCUCGACGGCUUGCUCAAUUUGCAAUUGGACAAAUGUAUAAAAUUACAUGAUGCACAGUUCGGCUUUCGAGCCGGUUUAUCUACCGAAAGUGCCAUCAUUUGCCUAAAGCAAGCUGUAGAGUACUACACACGCAGAAGGACACCUGUUUAUGCGUGUUUUCUCGAUCUUUCCAAAGCCUUCGAUCUUGUCAACUAUGAUUUACUUUGGAAUAAGCUUGAUGAAGUGCAUUUUCCUAAGGAGCUCACACGCAUAUUCAGGUGUUGGUAUGCUGGCCAACGAAAUUGUGUUCGCUGGGGUAAUGUGUUGUCGGACGAGUACGGUCUGGUGUGCGGGGUGCGGCAGGGGGGACUGACCUCACCUAAACUUUUCAAUUUGUAUAUCGAUGCCUUGAUCGGCGAGCUCAGCAGUACACGUGUGGGCUGUCAUAUAGAUAGGGUAUGCUUCAAUAACAUAAGCUAUGCCGAUGACAUGGUACUGUUGAGCCCGUCGGUCGGUGGUCUGAGAUUGCUUAUUGAGAGGUGUGAGUCAUAUGCCCUAGCCUAAUAACCUUAAAUAUAAUGUAAGCAAGAGCGAGUAUAUGGUCUUCAAAGCGGGAAGCAAGUGCCCAUCACACAUCCCACACAUUUGUUUGAAUGGCAUGCAACUGAAAAGGGUUACCUCUUUUAAAUACCUUGGGCACUUGGUAACCGACGAUUUCUGCGAUGACGCUGAUAUCGAGAGGGAGCGGAGGGCCUUGGCCGUGAGGGCCAAUAUGAUAGCUCGCAGGUUCAGCCGGUGUACAGCGCAAGUAAAAAUAACAUUAUUUCGAGCGUUCUGUACAUCGCUGUACAC